GGGGCUUCGCAGGGCAGGAGGCUGACCUCCCCGCGGGGGUGUGGGAAGGAGACUGCCGGGGCCCAGUGGCGCGGCCGGGGCCGGGAGAUCGACUGACCGUGUCGGGUGUCUCUGAGGCCCUGACGUGGACACACUUCGGGUUUCCCGACUCGAGGUUCUUCCGGAGGAUGGGCCGGCUGGUGGAGGCGUGUGAGGGAGACGAAGGGACUUCCGUUUCCUGCCCCUAGCCAGGGACCCGGCUGCGGAGCGGAAUUGGCAUUUCCAGAUUGGGGCUCGGGCCGCCCCUCCUCCAAGACCCUCCUUUCCGGACCAAGCCGAUCGUGGCCGGCUCUUCUGGCGCGAAAAGGUGGACAAGUCCUAUUUUCAAGAGAAGAUGACUUUUAACAGUUUUGAAGGAUCUAAAACUUGUGUACCUGCAGACAUCAAUAAGGAUGAAGAAUUUGUAGAAGAGUUCAAUAGAUUAAAAACAUUUGCUAAUUUUCCAAGUAGUAGCCCUGUUUCAGCAUCAACACUGGCACGAGCGGGUUUUCUUUAUACUGGUGAAGGAGAUACUGUGCGGUGCUUUAGUUGUCAUGCAGCAGUUGAUAGAUGGCAGUAUGGAGACUCAGCAGUUGGAAGACACAGGAAAGUAUCCCCAAAUUGCAGAUUUAUCAACGGCUUUUAUUUUGAAAAUAGUGCCGCACAACCUACAAAUCCUGGUGUCCAAAAUGGUCAGUUCAAAAUUGAAAACUGUCUGGGAAACAGAAAUCGUUUUGCUUUAGACAGGCCGUCUGAGACUCAUGCAGACUAUCUUUUGAGAACUGGACAGGUUGUAGAUAUAUCAGACACCAUAUACCCGAGGAACCCUGCCAUGUGUAAUGAAGAAGCUAGAUUAAAGUCAUUUCAAAACUGGCCAGACUAUGCCCACUUAACCCCAAGAGAGUUAGCUAGUGCUGGACUCUACUACACAGGUAUUGAUGAUCAAGUGCAGUGCUUUUGUUGUGGUGGAAAACUGAAAAAUUGGGAACCUUGUGAUCGUGCCUGGUCAGAACACAAGAGACACUUUCCUAAUUGCUUCUUUGUUUUGGGCCGGAACAUUAAUAUUCGAAGUGAAUCUGAUGUGAGUUCUGAUAGGAGUUUCCCAAAUUCAACAAAUCUUCCAAGAAAUCCAGCCAUGGCAGAUUAUGAAGCACGGAUCAUUACUUUUGGGACGUGGAUGUACUCAGUUAACAAGGAGCAGCUUGCAAGAGCUGGAUUUUAUGCUUUAGGCGAAGGGGAUAAGGUAAAGUGCUUUCACUGUGGAGGAGGGCUAACUGAUUGGAAGCCCAGUGAAGACCCUUGGGAACAACAUGCUAAGUGGUAUCCAGGGUGUAAAUAUCUGUUAGAAGAGAAGGGACAAGAAUAUAUAAACAAUAUUCAUUUAACCCGUUCACUUGAAGAAUCUCUGGUAACAACUGCUGAAAAAACACCAUCACCAACUAAAAGAAUUGAUGAUACCAUCUUCCAGAAUCCUAUGGUACAAGAAGCUAUACGAAUGGGAUUCAAUUUCAGGGACAUUAAGAAAAUAAUGGAAGAAAAAAUUCAGACAUCUGGGAGCAACUAUAAAUCACUUGAGGUUCUGGUUGCAGAUCUAGUGAGUGCCCAGAAAGAUAGUACACAAGAUGAAUCAAGUCAGACUUCAUUACAGAAAGAGAUUAGUACUGAAGAGCAGCUAAGGCGCCUGCAAGAAGAGAAGCUUUGCAAAAUCUGUAUGGAUAGAAAUAUUGCCAUAGUUUUUAUUCCUUGUGGACAUCUGGUCACUUGUAAGCAAUGUGCUGAAGCAGUUGACAAAUGUCCCAUGUGCUACACAGUCAUUACUUUCAAGCAAAAAAUUUUUAUGUCUUAAUCUAACUCCACAGUAGGCAUGUUAUAUUCUUAUUACCCUGAUUGAAUGUGUGAUGUGAACCGACUUUAAGUAAUCAGCACUGAAUUCCAUUAGCAUUUGCUACCAAGUAGAAAAAAUGUAAACGGCAGUGUUUUAGUUGGCAAUCUAAAAUUUGAAUUUCUGGAUUUUAUUAGCUGUAUUAUUUAUCCAUUUUUUAUUGUUAUUUAAUUGAAACCCUAGACUGAGAAGCAUCAUAUUAUAACUGAUCACAAUGUGUAUUUGUAGUAUACUUACUUAGUUUCUAAGUGUAAAUGAAUUAAUCAUUUGAAUUUUUCAUUCUUUUCAGAUAGGCUUAACAAAUGGAGCAUUCUUUAUAAAUGUGGAGAUUAGAGUUAAUCUCCCCAAUCACACAAUUUGUUUGUGUGAAAAAGGAAUGAACUGUUCCACACUGGUAGAAAGAUAGAGAUUAUUUUUUAAUGUUUGUGUUUUAGGAUUCUGUCUGCUUUCUUUGAAAGUUAUAAAUACAUACUUAUGUGAAUGAUUUUAAAUGGCAUUUAAUGAUAGAAUACCAUCUAGCCAAUUUCUACUAAUAUGAAAAGGUGUCAAAGAUAUAUAAGUAUAAAAUGCAAGUGGCAAAUCACUGUUUAUAGUGUGAGCCAAAUUGAGGUGUGUGCAUUUUGUAUAUCUGUAGAACAGAAGAUUUGGAAAGAUGCACUAAACUGUUAAGUGUGGUGUCUCUUGAGGGGGGUGGGGGGAUGGGUCCCUGAGGGGGUUUACAGGGACCUUUCACUUUCUUUUGUGUGUGUGUGUUUGAAUUUCUUAUAAGUGUGUAUUACUUUUGUAAUCAGAAUUUUUAGAAAGUAUUUUACUGAUUUAAAGGCUUAGGCAUGUUCAAACACCUGCAAAACUACUUAUCGCUCAGCUUUAGUUUUUCUAAUCCAAGAAGGCAGGGCAGUUAACCUUUUUGGUGCCAAUGUGAAAUUUAUAUGUUUUUAUGUUUUUCCUGCUUUGUGGAUGAAAAAUAUUUCUGAGUGGUAGUUUUCUGACAGGUAGACCAUGUCUUCAUAUCGUUUUUCAAAAUAAAUAUUUCUGAUUUUGUAAAAUGAAAUAUAAAA